GAGCAGGAUCUCAGAGACAGGCUAUUCCUCUGCGUGGUGGAUCUUGCUAGAUUUGACAUGAGGUGGUUUAUCUGCGGGGUCCUGAGCGCAGUUAUCACGCUGGUGAACUCCACUGUGUCCUUUCCCGGAUUCCACGAAGCGUUGAGGAAUAGGAUGCGAGCACCUGGGACGAGCGGCGGAGGUCAGGCGGGUCAGAGCCGACACACCAGCAGGUAUCCGCUCUACAUGAUGCACCUCUACCGGACCUUUCUGACCGGAGACGACAAACAAACCAGCCACGAAAACCCAGCUCUUUACGAGUCCGAUUCGGUCUUGAGUCUCUUCGCCAAAAGUUGCCAUCAGGUUGGUGACAAAUUAGCCGUGACAUUUGACAUGUCCUCCAUAUCAGCAAGCGACGACGUCCGGCGGUCUGAACUUCGCAUUCGCCUUCCAGAAUUCACCUCUGAGAUUGCGGUGGAUAUCUAUCAUGAAUCCAAGCAAGAGUGUGAACGAAGCCCCUGUGACGAAGUACGCCUUCACCUGGGCAGUGUGAAAGCCAACCCAAGUGACCAAACCUCCCAUUCCUCCUGGAGGAUCUUCAACAUCACAGCACUCCUCAAGUACUGGUUGCACCAGGGUGAGAGCGUUUCCUGGGAGGAACCCGUCCAGAUGUCUUCAAGUGCUGAGAAAGAGGGGCACCAGAGUUUCCAGCAUCUUACAGCCAACAGGGUCAUGAUGGUGGUUUACUCCAAGCAGAACCAGGCAAAGACGUCCACCCUCAUCCAGACUGCGGAGCACUCAAAGUAUGUCGCUCUAGACCGGACCGGUGGUGGAAGUGAACCUGUGCCCCGGCGGCACAGGAGGAACCACAGGGCUGGCGACAGAGUGCGAGACGCAGCAGCUAGCAUGAAUCCAGGUGUUUCGCAAGAAGGGGAGAAGAAACCUCUCUGCAAGAAGGUAGACAUGUGGGUGGACUUUGAUAAGAUAGGCUGGAGCGACUGGAUCGUUUAUCCAAAGCGCUACAAUGCCUUUCGAUGUGAAGGUAACUGCCCUACACCCGUUGACGAGACCUUUACUCCAACCAACCAUGCCUACAUGCAGAGUCUUUUGAAGCUGCACCACUCAGACCGCGUCCCAUGCUUGUCCUGCGUACCCACCCGUCUGGCUCCUCUCUCCAUGCUCUACUAUGAGAACGGCAAGAUGGUCAUGAGACACCAUGAAGGGAUGGUUGUAGCAGAAUGUGGCUGCCACUGAGUCUCCAAAUCCCAAAUGAACUCAACACUAGCACUUUGGAUAUGCUCCUCAAACCCGGACAAAAAACAUAUUUAAGCACAAAUCUAAAUUGUUUUCAUUUGUACAGUAUUUUCACUUGAAAUAAUCAAGGCACCUGGAUUACUUUUUGAAAGCUUUGUGUGUUUACCUAGUUUGUAAAUAGUAGAGUAUG